UUACGUCACUUCCGCUUCCUGCCGCGCGCGCGGCCAUUUCCGCAGCUUCUUCCAAGCGGCUUUUCGGCAGUGGCGAGCGUUCCUGCUCUGACGUCAGCGGCUCUCCUUGAGGGUGACGAGCUCGCGGAACCGCAGCCAUGACUGAGGCUGAUGUAAAUCCGAAGGCGUAUCCUCUGGCAGAUGCUCACCUUACCAAGAAACUAUUGGACCUCGUUCAGCAAUCGUGUAACUACAAGCAACUUCGGAAAGGAGCCAAUGAGGCCACUAAAACCCUCAACAGAGGCAUCUCUGAGUUCAUUGUGAUGGCCGCAGACGCUGAGCCCCUCGAGAUCAUCCUUCACCUCCCACUGCUGUGUGAAGACAAGAAUGUGCCCUAUGUGUUCGUGCGCUCCAAACAGGCCCUGGGGCGAGCAUGUGGUGUCUCCAGGCCUGUGAUUGCCUGUUCCGUCACUAUCAAAGAAGGCUCACAGCUGAAGCAGCAAAUCCAGUCCAUUCAGCAGUCCAUUGAAAGGCUCUUGGUCUAAACCUUGCCUCUGCCAUGCCCUCCCGACUGACCUGACACUUCUCCCUCUGCCUCUCCCUCUCCCUGAGCUCUUUCUUGUGUACCUAUCCUGUGUUUGUAGUAUUUUCAACUACUUUCUGUUGUUACAAAAUAUUACAGUACUAAGUCUGGU